AUAAAAUGAACGACCCUAUCACUCUCUCCUACCAACAACAACAACAAAAAAACCAACAAACACAAUGAAUACACAACAACAAGUAUAUAUCACUGAGACCAUCUUGGAUGAAGGUGAUAUCGAUAUGUUUGAUGUGCCAAUUACUUCACCAACAAACAACCAUGUAGACCUCCAAAUCCAACAACAACGAAAGGAGGAAACUUCUUCAUAUGACUUCAAAGACAUCAUCAUGGAACACGGGUUACCAAGAAUCCAACCUCUUUCCACCACAUAUGACGAUUUAUGCGAAAGUGAGAAAGAUUUUGCUGCCAGAUCAUUCCAAGUAUUGGCUAAUUGUGCUCGAGUGAAAAUCAAUAGAUUGCUGAAGUUGGGAGGUAUUGAUAAAAGAAGUUACGUUGGAUGUGGCUCUGUUGAACUUGGUGUAUUUCAAGUCAUGUUUCAAAGCAUGUUAGGUGCUACCUUUUUCCACUCUGAUAGAACAGUUACAAGACAUGGCAUUAAGUAUAAGGUUCCUUGUAUUGGAUAUAGAUUUACAUCUCAUCUUCCUGUAUUGGAUAUAUUUGAUAACUGGGGUCAACAAGUCAUUACUAGUGCCACCCAGAUAGAGGACAACUACAUUGUUACCCAAUAUCUUUUACAAGUGAAGAACAUUUCCUUUAUUUUUGAUACUGAAUCUGGUGAAGUCACGAUGCAUUUUGCUUAUGAUACGAAGAUAAAGUACGAUGAUGAAGAUGAAUUCCAUUUCUUCUAAUAAAAUUUACAUUUAAUU